CUUGAAAAGGAAAGCUGUCGACGCCGAGGGCUGCGACGGAUGGUUUAAGGAGUUGCUCUCUGCGGGGCGGAAGUGGCGGGCUUGCAGCGGAAGUCCCCGCCCAGGCCCCGCCUCCGCCCGUGGCUCGCGUGAGCUGGGUGUUUCCUGCCUCUCAGUCUGCGGGUGUGGACAGUCCGGCGUCCUCCGGCUUUUCAUGGAAGAGAUGUCAGGAGAAAGUGUGGUGAGCUCAGCGGUGCCAGCGGCUGCCACCCGCACCACUUCCUUCAAGGGCGCAAGUCCCAGCUCCAAGUAUGUGAAGUUGAAUGUGGGUGGGGCCCUCUACUACACCACCAUGCAGACGCUGACCAAGCAGGACACCAUGCUGAAAGCCAUGUUCAGUGGGCGCAUGGAAGUGCUCACCGACAGCGAAGGCUGGAUCCUCAUCGACCGCUGUGGGAAGCACUUUGGGACCAUCCUCAACUACCUUCGCGACGGGGCGGUCCCCCUGCCCGAGAGUCGUCGGGAGAUGGAGGAGCUGCUCGCAGAGGCCAAGUACUACCUGGUCCAGGGCCUGCUGGAGGAGUGCCAGGCGGCCCUACAACAGAACAAAGACACUUAUGAGCCUUUCUGCAAGGUUCCUGUCAUCACUUCAUCCAAGGAAGAGCAAAAACUUAUAGCGACUUCAAAUAAGCCAGCUGUGAAGUUGCUCUACAACAGAAGUAACAACAAAUACUCCUAUACCAGCAAUUCUGACGACAACAUGUUGAAGAACAUCGAGCUGUUUGACAAGCUGUCCCUGCGCUUCAAUGGGAGGGUCCUCUUCAUCAAGGACGUCAUCGGGGAUGAAAUCUGCUGCUGGUCCUUCUACGGGCAGGGCCGCAAGAUCGCAGAAGUCUGUUGCACCUCCAUCGUCUACGCCACGGAGAAGAAGCAGACCAAGGUUGAGUUUCCCGAAGCUCGGAUUUAUGAGGAGACCCUGAAUAUCUUGCUGUACGAGGCCCAGGAUGGCCGGGGACCUGACAAUGCGCUCCUGGAGGCCACAGGCGGGGCAGCCGGGCGCUCCCACCAUUUGGACGAGGAUGAGGAGCGGGAGCGGGAACGGAUCGAGCGCGUGCGACGGAUCCACAUCAAGCGCCCUGACGACCGGGCUCACCUCCACCAGUGAGCAGACAAGCACCCCAGGCCUCCCUGCGCCCUCCUCGCCUCCGCCCUCCCAGCCAGCCCCACGCAGAUCCCCACAGGCAGGCUCCGGGGGCUCCUGCUUCCAGCACGUCUGGAGUCUGCAGAUAACUUUUGUAACAAGCCAGAUGAUACUUGGUAUCUCUCCACUUUUGUAACAAGCCAGGUAAUGUUUCUCCACCAGGCAACCUGAUUGUCUUAACCAGGUGUCUCCGCCCUUACUGUUGAACAGCCUGUGUGUAAGGUCCCAACUUCCGCUGAGAAUCUGAGCCAGGCUCUCUUGGGUGAUCAUGGGAAGAGAAGAUGAGUGAGUGUGCUGUGUAGGAA